AUGUCCGAGUGCGGACUACAAUGCGCCUUCUCGAUUAUUCUUAUCGGAUUUGUCUGGGGAGCUACUAAUCCGAUGCUCAGAGAUGCUUCUAAAAAACAAGAGGAGGGCGAAACGGACGGAGCACCUCUCGAGAUCAUUUCAAAGUUUCUGAAAUCUUUCCUCAACUGGAGAUUUUCAAUCCCUUUUGCUCUCAAUCAAACUGGAUCUGUAUGUAGUUCAUUAAACUGAACAAAAUCAAAAAUUAAGUUCAGAUUCUGUUCAACGUGCUCGUCGUCUCCUUUCCAGUGACUGUCGUCGUUCCGUGUGUCAAUGCAAUUCAGUUCAUUUCGACAAUCUUUGUCGGCCGUCUGAUGGGCGAGAAAAUGGAAAUGUCGUCUGCGAAGCAAACGAUCGGAAUGAUUUUGGCGACAAGUGCCAUCAUAGGAAUGCUUAUUUUCGACUGAAUGAAUCAUUUGUUUCGGCUUUUAAUUUUGCCCUCAACGCGAAUGACGUCAUUCGAUAGAGUGUUCUGAUCGGAGAGGGCGCAGAGAAAAAUUAAAAAUUAGAGCGCGAUUGCAACAUUCCAUCAGUUUUUGUCACGAAACAUUUCUUCUUGCGUGCACUCUGUUUUUCUCGUGUAUUCUAUUCUGUUCUUUCUUUUGUUAUUGUCCGGUGUUGUUCUCAUUUUUCGUUCUUUUCUUCGUUCUCAGCAUAGGCGCAGAGAACCGAUCAGAAAAAGUGUAGAAGAUACUUGGCUAGUGCUCUCGUGAUAUCGCCUGUCUGGUAGCUAUUCUCCGUUCGAAGCCAAGAAUAUUCUUCUGGGUUACGAAAUCUAGCAAAAAACUCGUUCCCUGACCACAUGAAGAGGCAUGUGACCAGCCGUCGAAAACACGCCAAAAUAGAGGGAGGCAUUGUGCUCGCGCGGUCUUUUCCACUGCUCACGGAGCCCACUUUUCUCUGCUCUCUGGCGCCGAGUGUCUGCAUCUUCGCUCUCUCGUGCCCGCUCUCAAACUCUCCCGUUUCUUCUAUCUCCCUUCCGCCCGCUCACUUUUCUUUUUUCGAUUCCUAUCAUCGCAGCUUCGGCGGGGGCGAUUCGAAGAUGAACUUAUUCGCCCAUUAAACUCAUUUUCUCAAAAUAGUCGUCUAUUUUUUGGGCACAUACAUCCUGUUCCCUCCCUUGUCCAUUUUUUUGACUCGCCGCGUCGGCCGAUCAGAUCGCACUGGCGACCUCGUCUCGUAUCACACGCUGUCUACUUUGCCAGUCCUUCUUCUUCUUGUUCUUCUUCUUAUUUUGGCGCUUGCGAUUCAUUUUCUAUCCACUGUAAAUUUAUUUAUAGACUGAAAUUUUAAACCAAAAUGUUUUGCAGUAAAAAUACGUUUUGAAAAAUAUAUAACAUACAUUUUUGUGUCUUUUGUCAUGCGAAACCUUUUACUGUAGCUGUGUAAGCGAUUUCGGAAUGCAUGUUUUUAAGAUAAGCAAUUUUUGAAUGAACGUGUUGUUUUGGGCACAAAUUAUGUUUAUAUUGAAAAGUUUGAUAAAUCAAUGAGCCAACCUCGGUCGCUCGGUUUAUUAAUUGGGUGCCGCCAAAACCAGUUGAAUCGGCGUUGGACGAUAGAGCGAAGAUUGCGAAAUCGUGUUCUGUUUGACUCCGAGCACAGCGACCUUAACUGAUUUCUGGCUGUGGGAAGAGAAAAACGCCAAUCACACAGUUUGAUCGGUGUAUGUUGAUUGUUUAAACUCCCAGAAUCCGCCGUUUUCCUCAAACCGGACAUAAAACAAAAAAAAACAUUUCCACUUUGUUCACGUGAAUCUGAAUCAUCAUUCUCUCCUCACCUGUUCUUUCAUUCUUUUUUGAUUUUCGAACCGUUUGCCUCCUCCUCCCCAUCCAUGAAAGGAAAAACAAGUAGCUGUGACAUCAUUCGAUGUCUGCUCCAAUGGCUGCAUCUCUACUCCGUUCUUUUCCUUUCUCUCCUUCCUGUCAUGCUUCGAGAAAAUUCAAAAAGUUUGCUGCUGACGACGUCUUAAGGCUCGUGACGGCCGCUCCUCUUAUCAUUCUAAAUUGGGCGCGGGCUGUUUCCGUCGUGCGUUUCUAGCCUUUGUUCCUCCGGUUUUCUUAAUUGUCCUUUUCGUUGAUAAGCCCCCUCGUCAAUCAUUUUCUGCCCGUCGCCUCUCUACCAGUGCUCGUUUAAAAUACGACUUGCAGGUUGAAUCCGUGCUCAAAAAGUGCCCGGAUUUGCUCGACAGACUUUGUGUAGUCACACUCAAGAAACACUUUCCUUCCCGUGCACUCCGAGGGAGAGAGUGUGCAUGGAAGCUUGCUUCAACUGUCCCCAAUCCUUCCAAGAUUCCCUCCUCCGAGGAAUCUAACGAGUCUUCCAUACCGCCCUUAAGUGGCGCAGUGAGUCAUGAACAAUACCGUCCCGAUUGAAAUUGUCAUGAAUUGCAGGUAAUCCAGCAGCUCGCGAAAAUCUACGCAGAGCCGCAGCUUCGCGCCAGUCAAAUCCAACUCGACAAGAACGCCGAGCCUCCUUGGGAUCCAGAUCCGAGAGCUUGAGGUGAGCGCUUCCUCCAGUGUUCUGAUCCGAACCCUAUUCAUUUUUUACAGUUCCUUCAUUAUCUUCACGUUUGGACCGCCUGUAAUCUGCCGACUGACCGACUCUCUCCGCCUUCACCCUAUUCUGCUAUAGUCUAACUCUACCGAGAACCCGUUCCGGCUCAUUCUUAUUCUCUCCAUUUGCCGUCAUCCAGUGGCGUGUUACGAGUCGGUGCCAUCUCCGCCGUCUUGUUACCGCUCACUCGGACUCUUGUCGCCCAAAAUUUCGACAGUGUCCGCCUCGUCACCAACCCGUCUUAGUCCCCCGGACGUCGUUUCGUGGUGCUCGCGUGAAGAGCUCGCAUCGCGCGUCUCCAACAACCGCCACAUCCCGCCCUAACUUUCCGUCUUCCACCCUCCAUUAUCUUCACCUACAACCACCAACGUAAGUUCACCUCUCAACACCUCCCCGCACACAGCGAUCCAAUUCAGAACUGAUGGUCAGACAGCGCCUUCCUUCGUCUACUUACUACACUCCGGCGGGCGAGCCGGAAUGGUCCCGUGAGCAGUUCGGCGAGCAAUCGAUCGCCGUUCUCUCUGGAGCCUACCGUAACCCGAUUGAAAUGGCUCGCCACGUGGCCUCCCGUUGCGGCUCUCAUCAUCCUUUCUUCGUCAUGGACGUCGCCGCCAUCGAAAGACGCCUCGACGCUCUUCAAGUUAUCCUUCCACGUAUUCGCCCAAGCUACUCGGUAGCCUGCAACGCCGACCCAGUGCUCGCUCGCGUUCUCUCCAACAAUGGCGUGACUUUCGAAGUUGCUAACUCUUCUGAGUUCGAGAUGGCUAGCAUGCACGUGGAACCUUCAAGAGCCGUGUUCUGCUCCCAAAUCACGACGCGUAAAGCCAUCAGAACUGCAGUCGCCGCCGGUUGCCAAACUUUCGUCGUGGAGAGCGAGAAGCAUAUCGCCGAUGUGAUGAAUGCGUCGCCAGAAGCCGAGUGAGUCCUUAGCUACCAAAACUGAAGUUCAAACUUCUGUUUCAGAAUCAUUCUGGCCGUGUGUUUGCCGUACUCGACCGCAGACGUUCCCUUCGGAUGCUCCGUCGACGAGCUCGAAGAAGUGCUCAGCAUGGCUCACCCGCUCGGUGCCAACCUCACCGGCAUCCAGUGAGUAAAACAAUCACUUUUAACCCGCUAAUUAUUUUCUGUAUUCAGUCUCGAGCUCGGUCUGCGUGCUACUCUUGACGACUACAUCUCUGCUGUCCACGAUGCUCGUUCCAUCUUCGACACCGCCGCGGACAAGUUUUUGUCGCUCCGCCGUGUUUCCUUCGGGAAUCUCGUCGUUCCGGUCGGAUCCGACGGCACCAUCAACCACGAGUUUUUCUCCCUCUGCGACUCUCUCAACCGUUCGAUUGCCGAUUUCUUCGAUGUCGGUGUUGAUUUUUCUGCAAAUUUCGGUCGUUUCCUCGUUGCCAACGCAUUCACUCUCUGCACAAAUGUCAUCGGAAAGCGUGCGAUGGAUGCGAAAUUUAUCACCAACGACGAUUUCGAUGACGGCGUCGGAUUCGUUUAUCAGACGAAUGACGGAGUUUACGGAUCUUUCGGAUGCAAGCAAAUGAACAUAAACCCACUGUGCAAGCCAUUGGAUGGCGACGAAGCACCGGAAGAGCAGCAGCUCCACUUCGGAACCAUUCUCGGACCGAGCCUCGAUCGGACCGAUGUGGCACAAAGAAUCACUAGAUGCCGACAGUUGAGAGUUGGGGAAUGGCUCGUCUGGGAACAGAUGGGACUGUUCACAAUUCCAGUCGACAGCGAGCAUACUGUGCCGCCGGUCUAUUACUAUUCCGGAAAGGAGUGCUGGUAAGAGACCCUCUGACUGGGGAAUUAUUAUAUUUUGUUUUCUUUUCAGGCAGAAAAUGAUUAACAAAGACGAGCAGCGCCGUUCUCCGUCGCCAAGUGUUAGCGAUGUGGACGACAUGGGCAGCGACGGAGAGGGCUACGCUUCUUCCUGCGAAGAUUCGGAUGCUGAUACGGUGUUGGAGCCGUUCGCCGAGGAGAUGAACGAUUUUGAAGGAGCCUACUGA